AUGCCGUCAAGUGGUAAUAAAGUUCAGUCUCCAGUUGUAGCAACUGGCUCGAUGAAUCCUUCUACAAAUUCUCUUCGUGAAGUCUUUCUUGAGAAAUACUUCCACAUGCUCAGCGAUUUCAAUUAUGACCAAGCUAGAGAACGGGCUGAAAGAGAACGUGAUAGUUAUAAGACAACAGUUAAUUCAUGGACAAUGCUUGUUCAUGCUCUUGUACACUUAGUUACAGACGAAAAAGCCUACAUGUCAUUGUCCUUUCUUGGCCCAAAAUGGUUCACAAGACCAAAAGAUAAUUUACGUCAUUCUUACCAAAGCCUCACUAUGGAAUUUCAAAAGAUUCGUGAAACACUUCAUCACCAACCAGAUCCACUUUCUAGUUUUGAUGCACUUUUGGCUCAUUUGUGUGAACAGCUGGAACGCUUCCCAGUGGCUCGUCUCAGGACAAUGGAUCUCUAUGAACAACUGACGACGAUAGGGAGCAACCGAAAUUUUAAUUAUGAAGAUCCUGUUAUGGUUGGCCGUGAAAUUGUUGCAGAUUUCCAGAAAAGCUUUCAUCAUCCUCUCCUCAGUCCAAUAAAAGCUUCAUUUAAUCUGGAAUGUGAAGUCAUCCAACAUUUACUGACCACUCAGAUUCUAAUAUCAGAACUCGACUAUUUACCAGCAUUAUUACAGUUGCACCAGGCACACACAAAGCUAGCUUCCUGGGGAUCCUGUCUGCCAGCUAGGGAACCUAAACGGUCUGCAUUCAUUGUGAGUGCUAACCGACAUGGCAACUGGCCUGCACUGUACACGUGGCUAACAAAAUACAAGAAUCUGCUAUUAUCCAAGUUCAGCAUAUACUUUUAUGAAACAAUUAGCAGGAAUGCCAAUUCCUCAUCUGAAAUGAGAUCACUCUGCUGUAAACUACCUGAAGAUUAUUAUGUCAGAAUCAACAACUUUGAGAAAAAAGCUGACAUCUUUGUAUUUAUGAUUGUUGCGGAUACAAAUGGUUUGAAUCACUGUUACACCAGCCAUGGUUAUUUUCAUCCUAAACGAAGCAUGCCCAAACCACAAGGAAUAAAUUCUUAUCCUUCAAUUUUUAAAUAUCCUCCUGAUCGAAAUGUUCAGAAACAUUGGCCAAAUAUAUUAAUGAUGAUUAAUGGGAAAAAGAGUUAUGAUAUAAGUACACAAGAAAAGGUUGUUUGGUUCUAUGACAGAAAUGCCCACAGUACUUACUUCAUUUCUUUGGUGGAACCUCGUAUUUCUUUAGUUGUGAUCACUGAUGGCAAGAGGUCUGAACGGGAUUCACCUAUCAGUAAUUUUCUCACAGAAUUCACUACUCAGCUCAGAUGCAGCAAACACUUUGCUGCUUUGAAGCCAGCUCUUUCCUUUCUUUCUUCGGUAGACCUACCACCACGUGCGUUGUUAAACUUAAUCCGAUUCUCUCUCUCUCUCUCUCUCUCUCUCUCUCUCUCUCUCCACUUUUAUUUUCCCUUCUUUCUUUCUUUCUUUCUUUCUUUCUUCAUUUUAUCACUGAAACCGAUCACAACGGAGAAUAAACUUAUCUAUUUAUCUAUUUACAUUCUUGUCUAUCUAUAUUCAUACCUAUCUAUCUAUUCAUAUUCUUAUCUUUCUAUAUUCAUUCCUCCGUCUCUCUUUUCUUUCUGUCUUCUUGCGUUCUGCAGAGUCGAACGACCAAUCUGUUUGAAUAAUUGCUCUCUGUUUUCACUUUCCGCUAUUUCUAAACCGGCCAAUAAUAUAAAACUGUCGACCUCAUUCAUUCAACGAUUCGUCGUCGUGUCGCGAGCAUAUUACAUGACUCAUGGAGCCCGGCUAUUUUUCAUUUUUUCUUCCUUUUCUUUCACUUCUUCUUCUUCUUCUUCUUCUUCUUCUUCUUCUUCUUCUUCUUCUUCUUCUUCUUCUUUCUAA